GCGCGUUACAGUAAGCGCACCCAGCCUGUGAUAAAAUACUAGUCGAAACUCCUCUAAUAGUGCCACCAUUGCUGCUUCAAUAUGACAAGUAAAUUAUUAGUGCCAUAAAAAAACCCCGAUAAUUGCCACUCCUUAAAAAGUCACGCUACUCACGCCCCGCUUGUGUGAAUUGGAUUACCGAGUGUGUUUUUUGAUGUGGCAAUAAUUCCGCUGUACGUAAAGCAGCAAAGAAAACAUGGAGCAGUUUGAGUCUCUAUUGACGUGCUGUGUCUGCUUAGACCGGUACAGAAAUCCAAAAUUGCUGCCAUGUCAGCACAGUUUUUGUAUGGAACCGUGUAUGGACGGCCUUGUCGACUAUGUUAGACGACAGGUGAAAUGUCCAGAAUGCCGUGCAGAACACAGAAUUCCAUAUCAAGGAGUUCAAGGAUUUCCAACAAAUGUCACGCUUCAAAGGUUUUUGGAACUACAUGCUCAAAUAGCAGGGGAACUUCCAGAUCCUACUGCUGGGCAGGUUAUGGAAAGAUGUAACGUUUGCUCAGAAAAGGCAUAUUGUGCACUAUGUGCUCAUUGCGACAAAAAAGUAUGCGAAGACUGCAAGUCGGCACAUAUGGAAGUCCUUCGUCGAGAAAUAUCAAGAAUUAAUAAUCAGAUUCGACGGGGUGUUAAUAGACUUCAAGAUAUAUUAAGUGUAGUCGAACGGAACACGACGAAUCUCCAGACUAACUGCGCUGCAGUAGCUGGAGAGGUGGAUGAAAUACAUAAACGAUUGGCAAAAGCGUUGAAAGAUAGAACCGAUUUCCUUAGGAAUGAGGUUGAUAGAUACCUUGCCACUGAACUUAGGAAUCUCACCAAUCUUAAAGAUAAUCUAGAGUUAGAGUUAAGCAAUAUACAAAGUAAUUGUGAUCUCGCUGAUAAGUAUAUGAAUGAUGACGUCGAAUGGGAGGAUACUGAAUUGGUCGACACUAAAGAAAUUUUCCUAAAAACUGUUGAGUUUCUAAGAAACUUUGAUUAUGAAGCGGGAGAUUACAAUCGUAGAAUGCGGUUUAUCAUGACACAUGAUCCUAAUCAAUUAGUACUACAUGUAGCAAGCUAUGGUGAACUAAAUAUUAGUCACCCUAACGUAUAUUCUGGAGGCAUACAACAAAGCCAAGGACUAACAAGGUCUAAGAGUGAUCAUCGUUUAGCAUCGCAGUUCCGACAACAAGAAGAAGCUAAAGGUUAUACAGAGAAUGACGAACCUAUAUUAGGAGGUCGUAAAUUUGGAGAACGUCGUCCACCUCCGCCAGAAAAACAUACAAGAGAUUAUUCUGCGGCUGCCGAUGAUUACAGUGGCUAUGAAUCCGAACAUAGACCAUCGCGAAGAUUCCGUUCUCGUUUUGUCAGAAGUCACCAGCAAGAUAAUGACUCUGAUACUGAACAAAGUACUCGUACAGUAAAGGCUGAACAACAACAAAAAGAAAAAGAAAAGGUUGCUGAUACCGAAGAUGCUACCCGCGGGCCUCUUAGUGGAAUAUUCAGAUUAAGUGACUGUCCGCGUGUAAUGCAAAGAAUAUUAGACGUCGAUAGUGGCAAGAAAAAAGAAAAAAAAGAACCUGCACCACCUCCUAAACCAGUUCAGCCAGCACCUCAACCUCGUCGUCCACCUCCUUCUGCACAAAGACAGCAGAGCGAAGAUGACGAAAUAUCACGUCUUAAACGACAAAAUAAGGGUGCAGCCUCAUCUCAAGAACCUGAUCGAGCUACGCAGCGAACUGGAGAUGAUGAACGAAAUUCAAUAACUCGUAAACCACCUACACCAGCUCGGGAGGCAUCCAGUGAUGGUGAAUCCGAUGAAUCCGUUGGAUCUCUACAACGAACGCAGCAGCGUAAAAAUGCUACACCAAUACAAAAGCCAGCGGUGACAGCUAGGAGACCCUCGGCAUCUGAAACAUCUACCGCCCACCGACCGGCAGCUCGCGCUCCUAGUACAGAGUCUAGCGCGUCUACAGAAAGUUCCGGCUCGGCGGUAAAACAUACAGGUGCGAUAUUAACUAUUGCUGAACUAAAAGCAAAAUACAGCAAAGAUGGGCUUCCACCAAAAUCUGGCACUCGUUUAUUUUCAGCAGUCAACGAGAGAACAGCACCAGUGACAACAAAUGGAACAACGGGCGGUGCUCAACGGGUACAAAGUCGUUUCGUUGGCUCUCAGCGGCCGACGCCUGUCUCUGCGCCCGCCGAGCCGGCACACGACGAUUCCGAUACAAGUUCUGAAGAAGAAACCGAUUCCUCCGAGGAGAGCGAUGAGGAGCCUGCAUCGCAAAGAAAGCCCGAGAGCCAGGCGAUGGCUCGUAGUGACAUAGGUCCGUUACUCGCACGAAGUACAAAUGCUCGAAAUGAUACGCAUGAUUCCAAAUCAAAAGACACGUCUGCCCCUAAUCGAUAUCGUUCAAGACAGACAUCACAGACUGAAGAUGAACCUCCAUCUCGUUAUAGUGCUAGUGGUUCAUCAUACAGUAGCCGUUAUGGCAGCAAACCAAAAGAAGAAGAGCCUGCAUCUUCUAUAGAUGAUGACUCUAAAUACCCCACCGCUCGAUCGAGGUAUCUCGCUUUAAAAGAAAGGCGAAACCGUCUCGCUAGAAGCAAAAGUAGUCACACCGGCUUUGGUGCGGGGGAUGAUGAUGAUCAAGACGAACCCGUUUCUCCAACAACGGCAUCACCUUCAGCGUAUCUCGCGGCUCGAUACGGCUCCGGUACAGGAGGUUCGGAGCUGUCUCGCAGCCGUUCUUCACACGCGUUAAAAUCUAGAGAAAGUUCGCCGGAAAGAACGGUGACUGGUGAAAAAGACGGAGCAGCUUUAAGUUCUUGGGCACGAUAUUUAAAGAACAAGUACGGGUCACGAGGCAAGGAUAGGGACCCGGGCGGGACGUCAUCGAGCACAUCUCGUCGCCUGUCUCUCGGGCUACCCUUGCGUUCAGCAAAUGAGCUUGCCAGUUCAGAUGACGAUUCAAAAAACGCGGCAGGCUCCCCCAUCUCCCCUACGGCGGCUACAGCAGCGGUAGCAGGUUUCGCAGCAGCAGGUUCCUCCCCUAGGAGCCAAUAUCUGCAGAAACGCCGUUUACAAUUCAGCGUGGGGAGCCGGGGGAGCGAACCCGGAUGUUUUACUUGGCCUCGUGGUAUCGCUGUAGGGCCCGACAAUACAAUGGUCGUGGCUGAUUCUUCAAACCAUCGAGUGCAGGUAUUCGAUUCCAACGGAAUAUUCAUCAAGGAAUUCGGCCAGUACGGCAGUGGCGAAGGAGAGUUUGAUUGUUUGGCUGGAGUUGCUGUCAACCGCAUUGGACAGUACAUCAUAGCUGAUCGAUAUAAUCAUCGCAUACAGGUCUUCGACCCACAAGGACGCUUCUUAAGGGCAUUUGGAACUCAAGGUACAGGCGAUGGGAAAUUCAACUACCCAUGGGGCAUCACCACGGACGCCCUCGGUUUUAUAUACGUAUGUGACAAGGAAAACCAUAGAGUGCAGGUAUUUCAAUCUGAUGGCACGUUCGUGGGCAAAUUCGGUAACUUCGGUUCGAAGUUAGGCCAGCUUGAACAUCCUCACUACAUAGCUGUCUCCAGUACCAACCGAGUCCUGGUCUCCGACUCCAACAAUCACAGGGUCCAGGUCUUCGACGUGAAUGGAAGAGUGCUCUCUUCAUUUGGAGAGGAAGGCUCUGAAGAUGGACAAUUCAAAUUCCCAAGGGGUGUGGCUGUCGACGAUCAAGGCUACAUAGUAGUGGCUGACUCCGGAAACAAUCGUAUCCAGAUCUUCCAUCCUGACGGGACCUUCCUCCGAGCCUUUGGGUCCUGGGGAUCUGGGGACGGAGAGUUCAAAGGCCUGGAGGGCAUUGCUGUUAUGUCUGGCGGGAACAUUAUUGUAUGCGACAGAGAAAAUCAUAGGGUACAGGUGUUUUGAGAUGGACAUCGUAUUGUUCAAUAGAAAUGGCAAAACAACACCAGCAGCAUUAAUACUACGUUUCAUAAAUAAUUUUUAAGUAGUUUUUUUUUUGUAAAUAAAUUGUAAAAUCUUACAAUAUUUACUAUUUUCAGUAAUAAUGUCAUUUGCUACCAUACACAUGUUUGCGUUCCAAACGUUUUUGUUACCUAUUAAAAAUAAAACUUUUUUUUAUAUAUUAUUUUUUAAUUUUUUGUUUGACAAAAAAUUGAAAAUUAGAUUAACAAUCAAUAAAUUAGUUCAAUAUUCUAUGACGAUAUUUGAAAUAUGGUUACCGUCGUUUAAGUAAUACUAAUUACA